AUGGGAAAGACAUUUGUCUUUAAUGCCUUGCUUCAAAAAACUCGCCAACAAGAAAAAAUUGCUCUUGCAGUAGCAACAAGUGGAAUUGCUGCAUUGCUGUUAGACGUUCGUCUUGCAUUCGCAAUGACAAUAAACAAGUCACAAGGUCAAACUCUUGAGAGUGUUGGAUUAUAUCUCCCUGCCCCAGUAUUCUCUCAUGGCCAGCUGUAUGUUACUCUAUCCCGGGUCAGAAAACCUUCUACAAUCAAGAUAAUGCUUGAUACACCAGCAAAUUCCAAUGAAACGGCAAAUACUGUAUUUACAGACAAUAUUGUAUUUAAGGAAGUCUUUGACAUUUAG